UCCACAUGCUUUACCACCGAUUAAUGUAACCCCGAAGCUCCGUUCAAAAUACCAACGUCCAUUGGUUCCCUCGGGAUUAGAACAACCAGUUGCUACACCUAUACAACCAUUUUAUACGUUCAUAUAUGAUUUAGAUCCAAGACAAGUUCGUAUAAUAUGUCAUAGGACUGCUUUAAACAUUGCUUAUGAGGGUUAUCAUCCUUUAGCUCAUUUAAUGCAAUCAGUAUUUGGAAUGCAUGAUCGUAACAUAAUAGAAGUUUAUUGUUAUUCACUUUCACCAAAUGAUGGAUCUACAUAUCGAGUAAAAAUAGAAAAAGGAGCUGACAAGUUUUAUGAUUGUCACGCUUGGACUACUGAAUCUAUUGUCAAACAAAUAGUUCACGACAAUAUACAUAUUCUUGUCAAUCUCAAUGGUUAUACUGCUGGUGAUAGAAACCUUAUUUUUGCCGCUCGUCCGGCACCGAUCCAAGUAACUCACAUGGGAUUUGCAAGCUCUUUAGGUGGUUUAUG